GGAGUUCCCUCUGUGGCGGUGUCAUUUUCAAAUUGUCGAGGUACCCAACGGAUCCAUGAAGAUCUUCCGCACACUCCUGUCGGUGGGCGCGACUGCUGUCGCCGCCUACGAAACAUACUCGGCCAAAGUUCUCGUCGACAGCAACACGUUCGAGUGCGAAAUGAUCGAGUCUAUCCACAUCGCGCACCGCCACCGCAGAGUCGAGCACCCCAACGCGUUCGUCGAACUCAAGAAAAAGCGCCAGUCGCCCCACACGCCGCUCGACUUGAUCCGCAACCAAGAUGUGAGCGGCCAAGAAAUUGUCGAAAUCAUUGGUGGCAGCGUGGACGCAGUCCUCGGCCAACUGGCCAAGCGAUGUCCGUCCGGCGCGCUGCGCCGCAACCUCGAAGCCUCAGAGGAGGCAACAGACGAGGUGGUGAUCAAGAAGAUCGUCGAUUCGGGCGACCCGAAGAACCGCAUCGACAUUGUGUUCAUGGGCGAUGGGUACACUGCGUCGGAAGAAUCUCGCUUCUUUAACGAUAUCCAACGUCUGACGAACGACAUGUUCACGGGGGACACGUUCACUCAGUACCUUCCUCUCUUCAACGUGUGGGCGGUGUAUGUGCCAUCGGCGGAAUCCGGCAUUGGCGUCGGCGGUGUCCCUCGCAACACGGCCUUUGGGCUGUACCGACCGGGGACGGAACUUCGCGGGAUCUUCACUACCAAGGAAUCUUACGCGCGCGAAGUAUGCAGAGCGACUGGGGAACUCGCGUGCGACUUUCCCGUGUUGAUUGCGAACGACGACUACUACGGUGGCCGGGGGGGUGAAUUCGUGAUGAUGACGCGCUCGCCAACCACAGGAAACAUCACCCUGCUCCAUGAGCUGGGCCACAACUUUGGCAAAGUUGGCGAAGAGUACGACGGUGGCUACUCCUAUUACGGCGCCAACUCGGCGUCGUCGCUGCAAGAUGUGCCGUGGAAGCACUGGUUGACGAACCCAUCCAGCAUUCGCGAAGAGAAGGCAGUCCUUUCGUACCAAAAUUACAUGUGGCACGAGCUCAAGAAGGGAGCGUACCAAGUAAAGUUCAGGUCGACUGGGGGUUACAAGCGGUGGGUAAUUUCCCUCUCCGUGACGGGGGCGGACACUCAAGACGCGAUCACGAUCACGUUGGACGGGAAGCCGCUGGAGUGGAAGACGCAGAGGACGAUGGACAGAUCGUUUUCGGAUUUUAUAAGUUCCACUGAAGGGUUUACCGCUGGUGAUCAUGUGCUCGAAAUCACUGGCCACGGGUCGUUCGCUGGCCCGGUUGCCAAGCAAUUGUGCAGUGUCACAGUACUCGAGUAUGGUGACGAAGACGAGUUCAAGAUGGAUGAUCCCGAGUACAUUGGCAUGUUCCCAACGUGGGACAUCAAUUUCACCAAGACGUACCGCCCGGACAAUGAAAAGUGCUUGAUGCGCAAUUUGACGUCGUCCCAGUUUUGCAACGUGUGCCAAGAGAACAUGUGGCUCCAGUUUAUGAGCCGCAUCACGUUCAUCGACGACAUCGUGAUCGACGGAAGUGACGUCACACUCAAGCUCAUUCCCCUCGGCCAACUUCGCUCGAAGCCCAUCCCGAACGAGAAAUACACUGUCCAGUGGUUCAACUACGGCCAAGAAGUCGCCGCCUUCCGUGACAAGUUGAGCGUGGACGUCUCGACGGUGGCUGGGGCCGCCAAGUUCUGGAGUGUCAAGGUCACGCUGGCGACGCCGAUGGUGCGCGUCGACUUGAACAACGUCAUGACUGUCGAACGCAAAUUCAAGGUGGAUGAGUGCUUCACACUGAUAACGAAGCCUCAAUGUUAGACGAUGUCGUGCCACACAUUUUGGAGUUUCCUCACGCAUCUCAAAGAAAUUCAUACAGCAGCCACGUCGUGGCGAGAGGA